AUGGCUCACAGACCCUGCUUCUCCUCCUGGUCACUGGUCUGCUGGUUGGUAGUAGCUGUGGCAGAAGGACAAGAAGAGGUUGUCAUCCCACCAGGAGGCUCACAACAUAUAAACCCUACAGACUGCCAGAUCUUCACACUCACCCCUCCACCCACCACGAGGAAUCCGACAACAAGGGUCCAGCCCAUUACUAGGACACCUAGAUAUUUCCUUGGAAGAAAUCUCCAGAGUGAAAGUUCAUCUGAAGAAAGCAGAGAGAAAAGAGAAGCCAAAAUAUACUGA